CAAACACCGGCUCACAUAGACGAUUUUAGUUUUUACUAGCUCUGGAAUCCUAAUUGUGUCAGGGCCAUUGGAAUGAGCAAUGCCAGCUACUUAAUGAUUAAAAUCUCUGAUUCCUCUGGAUGAAGAAGGUGGAGCCAAGGUUUUCCUGUUUUGUUAUUGUGCAGCAGAGAAGAAUCAUCUCAGAACACAGUGCCCCUCUCCAGUGACCCUGGAGGAACUGUGCGACCAUCCCCUUGCUCCAAAGUAAGGAACAGAACUUGAGUCCUUGUCACGGGAACAUAAAGUCAGAUUACUAAGCUUCUGUGUUGGCUGAGAACCAUGGUGAAGCGAGUCGCGAUUGUGGGAGCCGGGGUCAGCGGCCUGGCCUCCAUCAAGUGCUGCCUGGAGGAGGGACUGGAGCCCGUCUGCUUCGAGAGGAGCGGGGACCUGGGGGGACUUUGGAGAUUCACUGAAGAUGUUGAAGAAGGAAGAGCCAGUCUUUACAAGUCUGUGGUUUCUAACAGCAGCAAGGAGAUGUCCUGUUACCCAGAUUUUCCUUUUCCAGAAGAUUACCCAAACUUUGUGCCAAAUUCUUUAUUCCUGGAAUAUCUCAAACUGUAUGCAAACAAGUUCAACCUUCUACGAUGCAUUCAUUUCAAUACCAAAGUGUGCAGUAUAAGCAAAUGCCCAGAUUUUGCUGUCUCCGGACAGUGGGAAGUGGUCACUGCCCGUGGACAAGAACAGACGCAGAGCUCAGCCAUCUUUGAUGCCGUCAUGGUCUGCACUGGUUUUCUAACUAACCCUCACUUGCCCCUGGAUUCCUUUCCAGGUAUACAAACUUUUAAAGGGCAGUACUUCCACAGCCGACAGUAUAAGCAUCCGGAUGUAUUUAAGGAUAAGCGAGUCCUUGUGGUUGGAAUGGGAAAUUCUGGCACGGAUAUUGCCGUGGAGGCCAGCCACUUAGCAAAAAAGGUGUUCCUGAGCACCACCGGAGGGGCAUGGGUGAUCAGCAGAGUCUUUGAUUCGGGGUACCCGUGGGACAUGGUAUUCAUGACACGGUUUCAGAACAUGUUCAGAAACUCUCUCCCAACGCCCAUUGUGAGUUGGUUGAUAUCAAAUAAGAUGAACAGCUGGUUCAACCAUGUGAAUUACGGUGUGGCUCCAGAAGACAGGAUUCAGCUGAGAGAACCUGUCCUAAAUGAUGAGCUCCCAGGCCGCAUCAUCACUGGGAAAGUGUUUAUCAAGCCAAGCAUUAAGGAGGUGAAGGAAAACUCUGUCAUAUUCAACAGCAGCCCAAAGGAAGAGCCUAUUGAUGUCAUCGUUUUUGCCACUGGAUACACCUUCGCUUUCCCCUUCCUCGAUGAAUCUAUUGUCAAAGUUGAGGAUGGCCAGGCAUCACUAUACAAGUACAUCUUCCCUGCGCAUCUGCCAAAACCAACUCUGGCUGUGAUUGGCCUCAUCAAACCCCUGGGCUCCAUGUUACCCACAGGCGACACACAAGCCCGAUGGGUUGUUCAGGUCUUGAAAGGUGCGGUUACAUUACCACCACCGAGUGUCAUGAUGCAAGAAGUUGAUGAAAGGAAGAAAAACAAGCACAGCGGGUUUGGCUUGUGCUACUGCAAGGCUCUGCAAACAGAUUACAUAACAUACAUAGAUGACCUCCUGACCUCUAUCAACGCAAAACCGAAUCUGUGGUCCAUGCUCCUGACUGACCCGCGCCUGGCUCUGAGCAUCUUCUUCGGCCCCUGCUCACCUUACCAUUUCCGCCUGACUGGUCCAGGGAAAUGGGAAGGAGCCAGAAAGGCCAUCUUGACCCAGUGGGACCGAACCCUGAAAGUCACCAGAACUCGAAUUGUACAAGAAUCCCCAUAUUCCUUUGAAACUUUGUUUAAACUCUUUAGUGUUCUGGCUUUGCUUGUAGCUAUUUUCUUGAUUUUCCUGUAAGUGAAAGAUCUAACUGGCUUUUCAGAUGGGUAGUAUAUGGCUCCAACUCCUCUAAUGUAACAACUUUGCCUUUAUAGUCAUGAACCAUGUCCACAGAGUGAAACCCUGCCCCGCCUCCUGCCAGCUCACCCCACUGGCACCUUGGUAUCUCUGUGCCUCUCACGGCCCCAUCAGGGUUAAGGCCAGAAGAUAGUACCCAACAGCUUUGUUCACUUAAAGUGCUGGGAGGGUCCAGGUCCAUUGUUAGAAAGGAGCUGCCCCAGAGAACACGCUGAGUACUCUUUCCCCCUAAAAACUCUUUUCCUAGAUCUUAAUGAAAAGCCCUACCUCGCAGAAUACUGGUUUGCACUAAAACGGUUCUCUGUGUAUCGGUCGACUACAAAUAAAAUGGAAGAAACUACAGGUA